AUGUCCGUGUCAGAGAUGAAAGUGCAAAGGUCCUUUGAACUGCUGAGCACUCGCCCGCCCUCAGAUGCCUCCUCCUUCAGCGUCAAUGGGAUGUUCUCGCUCUGGAUGGAACCUGAUGGCACCUGUGGGGAGCAAACCCAACCCACAGGGGCCGAAGGAUCUCGGUACCCGACACUCCAGGACCCUUCAGGUUCUGACCAGACCAAGACUGCUCACACCUUUUUUAUGAAAGCAGGAGGAGCUCUUCUUGUCGUGGAGACGGAAACAUUUGGGAGCCACAUUCGAAUAAAAGGAAAGGAGAGUGAACAUUACAUCUGCAUGAACGAGAAGGGCAAAAUUGUCGGAAGGCCCGAUGGAAGGAAGCAGGAGUGCGUCUUUGUCGAGGAAUUCCUAGAGAACAACUACACAGCUCUGGUGUCAGCAAAGUACAAAGGAUGGUACCUGGGCUUCAACCGGAAGGGACGGCCCAAGAAAGGCUCGCGGACCAACCAGAAGCAGCAGGAAGUUCACUUCAUGAAGCGCCAGCCGAAGGGGAGGGUGGACCCGGUGGAGGAGUUCCGUUUCACCACAGUGACUAAGCGGACACGUAGGGCUCGGCGGUUAAAACCCAACUCCAGGAAGAGCUGAAGGGAUCAAUGGGAAAAGCACUAGAUAUUCCCCAUCAGGGGAAAAAAGUAACUGAAAAUCUCAAGCUUCUUAAAAUAAUCACACCUCUCUAAAAGAAAGACAGACAACAUAAAAGGAACAAAAAAGGGCAAAGAUGUUUUAUUUUUGUAUUCCAGGAUGACUCUUGGAUUCUUCUGGGUUGAUGUCAUUGUGUGUCCGUCAUGUUAUUUAUACUGGAUAAACUAAAGGACCUCUGAGAGAACUCCUGUCGCCUCUGUCCUCGGCGACGUUUGAACUGCGAGCCGAAGGCAUACUUUCUUUUUGACAAUGGGAGCCGAAGCAGGAGCUGACGCAACGCUAUAAAAAUCAGCCAACUAGAGAUUUAUUGGAAUACCUGUCGGUUUUUGUUUGUGUUGCCCCUGACAACACGGAUCCCAUACUUUCCACUGGAAUUAGACACCAUGGAGAUGAAACGGAGAGAGGUGGCAGGUGACACUGUGCUGCCGGGAUAACUGUACAGCUUUGAGUGCAAUAUUUUACAGGUCUCUCUUUCUCUUCAUUUUUUCCUUUUCCGUAACGUCUCGCAACGCCCGAGUUCUACUUUUGCCGCUCCUGGAAUUCGCUGAAACCUCUGAGACCCAAGUGUGUUUUCCAUGCAGCCUGUGAUUCAACUAAGACACAACAUGCUUUGACUAGUCAGGCACCCGCCGUGGCUUUAGUCUUGUUCAAACACACACACACAUUCACACACACACACAUAUAUAUACACACAAAUAAAAAUACAACAGCUGAUGGGAUUCACAAUUCCUCGGUGUCUCCCUAACUUCAUCCUCAGCACGCUCGGGGAAGGAUGUUAAUCCCGUCUGUGUCGUCCUGGACGUCUUUCCAGCCCGUUUUUUCCCAGCAUGCAUUAAAGCUGUUCCAGAUAAGGUCGUCGCCUCGAGUCUUCAAGCGAGAACCUGCCAGUUUCCGGGGCUGGUGAUGACUUCCUCUACCUCCUUGCGCUCUUGUUUAUCUUUACCUAGUCGGACUGUCUGCGUUCAGUUAAUCUCAAGAACCUUUCAGUCGACUCUGAGCUUGAACUUUUUUUUUUUUUUUUUUUUUUUUUUUUUUUUAGAUUUUAUUUUUCUCGACUGUGAGUUCAUUUUUUUUUUUUCUCAUUUCACUCUCACUGGAGGAUGUGAUUUUGGGAAGCUUAACCUUGUGCUUUUUCUGUCACGUCAGUCAUCCAUGGACAGGAACACCAUACAUAACCCCUUCCUACACCCCAGUUUACUUCAUAAAUCCAUAUUUGACGGUGAAACCUGCUCGUCAGAAACUCAGAUGGCAGGAUUUUCAGUGACGUGGAUCUUCUGUAUCUGAAUCCUAAAAGGAAACGUCUUCUCGCUUCAUCACUGGCAACAAAAACUCCAGCGUUUCGGGUUUUUUUUUUUUUUUUUUCCACCAGUAGUUUGUAUUGACCUGUCUGCUGGCAGGUUUUUUUUUGUAUGAGUUGCUACUAACAACAUGAGACAUUUAUGUUUGUUUUGGGUUUUUUUU